GCGAGUCCGUCGGUCGUAAUCGUUAUCGUCGUCGUCGUCGUUGCCGCUGCCGUCGCGUAAUCGUUUUCCGAGAUCUCGCGUUUAUGCGCGGCGUCUGUACACACGUACGUACAGUGCCGCACAUUCAUCACGAGCGAGAUUUCAAAUCGUUCCCGUCAACGUAUCGCGCACGCGCAUCCGCGACGAGAGCGAGCGAUUCGUCGUGCCGCCACCGUUGCCGCCACUACCGCCACCGUCGCCGUCAUCGCCGUCGUCGCCAUUGCGUCGACGGGAACGAUGCGGUGAAGUUUGCCACGAAAGAGCGAGAGUCGUCAGCUACACAGCCGACAACGACAGCGACAGCUAGCCAGCCAGCCAGCCAGCCAGCCAGCCAGUCGGGCAGGCGGGCGGGCGGGCAGAGUGCGCGCGGGUGGCAGGACCCUCGCGAAAAUCGGCCAUCUUGCUUAGUGCACGCUUGGAUCUCGUAACGAACGUUUCCUCGCCUCCGUCAGCCACCCUACUCGGGCGGUCGUGCGUGUGCGGGCGGUGGCAGAGCUGAGCUAACCCGGCUCUCUCUCUACGUGGUGCGCGCCGCGAAACGGCACAGAGAAUUCGCGCGGCUGUGGAAAGAGGAAGAAUAGAAGAGAGGAGUGUGCGUGCGUGCGUGCGUGUGUGUGCGCGCGUGUGUGUGUCAUUCGAGCGGUGUAACGCGGAUUACGCGACUCCGGCGGCAGGAUGGCGGGCAAUACGGGUAUGGAGCAGUUGAUCCCGAUCGUGAACAAGCUGCAGGAUGCGUUCACGCAGCUCGGCGUGCAUAUGCAGCUCGAUCUGCCGCAGAUCGCGGUGGUGGGCGGCCAGAGCGCGGGCAAGAGCUCUGUGCUCGAGAACUUCGUCGGCAAAGACUUCUUGCCAAGAGGUUCAGGCAUUGUGACAAGGAGACCUCUCAUCUUACAGUUGAUUAACAGCCCAACUGAACAUGCAGAAUUUUUGCAUUGUAAAGGCAAACAAUUUGUGGAUUUUAACGAAGUACGGAAAGAAAUUGAGGCAGAAACAGAUAGGGUGACUGGAAGUAACAAGGGCAUUUCUAAUAUACCAAUUAAUCUCAGAGUAUAUUCACCCAACGUGCUAAAUUUGACAUUAAUUGAUUUACCUGGGCUUACAAAAGUACCGAUCGGAGAUCAGCCAGCAGAUAUAGAAGCUCAAAUUAAGGCCAUGAUUUUUCAAUUUAUCAAACGUGAAAAUUGUCUUAUAUUGGCAGUUACACCAGCCAAUACUGAUUUAGCCAAUAGUGAUGCUCUUAAACUUGCUAAAGAAGUGGAUCCACAAGGUGUACGUACAAUUGGCGUUAUUACCAAACUGGAUCUUAUGGACGACGGUACCGAUGCGAGAGACAUUUUGGAAAAUAAAUUAUUGCCAUUGAGAAGGGGUUACAUUGGUGUUGUUAAUAGAAGUCAAAAGGAUAUAGAAGGACGGAAGGAUAUCAAAAAUGCUUUAGCCGCUGAGCGAAAGUUCUUCCUCAGCCAUCCGUCUUAUCGUCAUCUAGCAGAUAGGUUGGGUACACCAUAUUUGCAGAGAGUUCUCAAUCAACAAUUAACAAAUCAUAUCAGGGAUACCUUGCCAGCUCUAAGAGAUAGAUUACAAAAGCAGCAGUUAGCUUUAGAGAAGGAUGUCGAGCAGUACAAACAUUUCAGACCUGAUGAUCCUGCAAUCAAAACAAAGGCUAUGUUACAAAAAACGUUUUUAAGGAUGAUACAGCAGCUUCAGUCAGAUUUUGAGAGAACUAUAGAAGGCUCAGGUUCAGCACAAAUUAAUACUAUGGAACUUAGUGGUGGUGCAAAAAUCAACAGACUUUUCCAUGAACGUUUCCCAUUCGAAAUUGUUAAAAUGGAGUUUGAUGAAAAAGAAUUAAGGAAAGAAAUUGCUUUUGCUAUCAGAAAUAUACAUGGUAUCAGGGUGGGAUUAUUUACUCCGGAUAUGGCUUUUGAGGCAAUAGUCAAAAAACAAAUAAACAGACUUAAGGAACCAAGUCUCAAAUGUGUAGAUUUAGUCGUGCAAGAACUUAGUAAUGUUGUACGCAUUUGUACAGAUAGGAUGUCACGUUAUCCAAGAUUAAGAGAAGAGACGGAACGUAUCAUAACGACACACAUCAGGCAGCGCGAGCAAAUGUGUAAAGAACAGCUAAUCUUGCUGGUGGAUUGCGAACUUGCAUAUAUGAAUACGAAUCAUGAAGAUUUCAUCGGUUUUGCGAACGCUGCAGCCAGUAGCCAUAAUGCAAGUGCACAGCAAUCCUCGGAGAACUCCGUUAAGUCUGGACGGCAUACACUAGGCAAUCAAGUAAUUCGUAAAGGUUACAUGUGUAUACAUAAUCUUGGUAUUAUGAAGGGCGGUUCGAGAGAUUACUGGUUUGUUUUAACAUCAGAGAGUAUCUCCUGGUUCAAGGAUGAAGAAGAACGUGAAAAGAAGUACAUGUUGCCAUUGGAUGGGCUGAAAUUGCGUGAUCUAGAACAAGGUUUCAUGUCGCGUCGUCAUCUAUUUGCGUUAUUCAAUCCUGAAGGAAGAAACGUUUAUAAGGAUUAUAAACAAUUGGAGUUAAGUUGUGAAACGCAAGAUGAUGUUGACUCCUGGAAGGCGUCAUUCCUGAGGGCUGGUGUAUAUCCCGAAAAAUCAACAGAGCAAACAAAUGGUGAAGAGGAAGGAUAUGAGGGUGGAACAGAAGGUCAAUCAUCGAUGGAUCCUCAAUUGGAGCGUCAGGUGGAAACUAUCAGAAACUUAGUAGAUUCUUAUAUGAAGAUCGUUACGAAAACUACCCGCGAUCUAGUUCCCAAAACAAUUAUGAUGCUUAUUAUUAACAACGCUAAGGAUUUCAUUAACGGAGAACUGUUGGCACAUCUUUACGCAAGCGGCGAUCAGGCUUCGAUGAUGGAAGAAUCUCCAGAAGAGGCACAGAAACGAGAAGAGAUGUUACGCAUGUAUCACGCGUGCAAAGAGGCUCUUCGUAUCAUUGGAGAUGUCUCGAUGGCUACGGUUUCAACCCCAGUACCACCGCCCGUGAAGAACGAUUGGUUGGUGUCCGGCGAAAAUCCAAGUCUUGGAUUAUCGCCACCAUCUCCUGGUGGUCCAAGACGCGGAGUGACACAGCCACCACCUAUUUCUAGCUCACGAGCACCACCACCAGUACCUGCAAGUGGCCGGCCAGCACCAGCCAUUCCUAAUAGACCUGGUCCAGGUGGACCACCACCAACGCGAGCUAACCCUGGCCUACCUCCACCUAUGAUACCAUCGCGCCGACAAUAAGUCUUCGCACUAACUCGCCUAUUCGCUACUAAUCAAUACCGUAUCCGUUGCAUUAUAGACGGUGUAUAUUUUACACAAAACACACUGUUUCUCUCUAAUUGUUAUCGUUACUGUCUGCAUACACUAUGAGAGAUUACGUGAUCAAUGUUAAUUAAGUAGGAGUGUGAAAAUAACACACAGAAUUAUUCUAAUUGUAUAAGUCCUGCACCUUUUUUGUGUUUAUGGGAUCUAAUUGAGCUUCCAAAUGUCGAGCAAUUCCUCUAGUGCAUUUCAUCUACGUAACACGACAACGACGUAUUUUUUAAGUGAUUGAGGAAGAAUUAGAGUAAUUGUAUUAUUGAUAUUUUCUAUGAUAUUAUUUCUAUUAUUUACUAUUUAUAUUGCGUGAACAGUGUAAUAAUUUUUUAGCCUAAUUCAUACAUAUAUAUAUAAAUAUGUUCUAUGUAUAAUAUUAUUUCUGGCAUGAAGAUUAACACAGCCCUAACUAUAAUUGUAUUUUAACGCCACUACUAGUGAAAUCUGCAAUACUAAAUAUUUCCAAAUAUCUUCUUGUUCUUAGAAAAUGGAGAGAUACAUAUAUAUAUAAUAUACAUAAUCGAGUCACACGUAUUUGAUUGUAAAUUACCUUGAUAAAGCUGUAUAUCAUAUACAUGUAUAUACCGUUGAAAAUAUUGUCAAAUAAAGGACUUUACGUUCUUAUGGCAGAUAGAUAACCAUUUAUUUACUUACUAACAGCAUGACAUUUCGGCAACUAAAUAUGAAAAAUGACAGUCAUCGGAAUUCUGUUAGUUAUCUACCAAAUAUUUAUCAUAUCAUUGAUAUAUUUUGUGUAAAAACUAUGAUAUGCCCUUUAAAUGUAAUUUCAAAACUUCUCAAACGCAUAUAACAGCACUUCUACUUUAUACGUCUCUUAUUGUCUAAAGUAUUUUAUAUGAAAUCUAACAAUCCGAAACUUGUCAAUUACUAAUUGUGGACAAAUAUGUCGGUGCCUGCAUUACGAUUUAUCAAAAACAACAAAAUAGCAUAUAUAAUUGUUAUGUAUUUAUAAAUUAAAGCUAAAUAGUGUGAAUUUAGUCUAACAGCUUAAAGCUGCCUUUGAAUAUUGAACAAAUAUCGUAUCGUUAUUACAAAACAUUUUUUAUAAAUACUGUUACAAAGCUACACGUACCAUUAAUGUUACUUUAUCUCGGAUACGCAUUUUAAAAAGGCAUUGUGCACGCUUUCGUACACGAGACACGCAUCAUAAGUUAACAUUUAGCAACGCUAAACAUAUGAUGUAUGUCCCUGAAACAAAUUGCAAGAGUGAGAUCAGUAGUCAAAGUUGGGUAUCCGUGGUGUAUGUUUAGUCGAGGGGGUGGUCUACAGCAGAGGAUAACACAAGCUGCGACACAAGCUGCGACGCAGGCCGCCGUGAACGAGCUGAUGGAUGCGUUCAAGAUCAAGUAAAUAGAUAUCCUCAAUUUUUCCGAGCUGUACCUUUAACAACAUAAUGUAUAUGGGUAUCCGUUUAAAUUGCGCAGAAAGUAGAUGGUAGACUGUUCAGGGUUGAGAAUGAACUAAAAUUCAUGUUGUCUUUGAAUAGAACUAUAACAAAAUUCCGCAGAAUAUAAUCACUAAUUUGAGCCUGUCUCAUUUCGUCUGUGUCUUUCUUUUUCUUUUGCAUGGUGUUCCAUAAAUUUAAUUAAUGAUUAUGCUUUAGGAAUUAAAUCUAUACACACAUGUGUGUGUGUGUAUGUAACAUAUGUGUAUGCAUAUUUUUGUGUAGGAUAUAACGUGUUUCACAAAAGUAUAUAUCUGUGUAUGUGUAUAUAUAAAUAUGCGCACAGAUAUAUAUUUAUGUAUUUGUAAGUAUAAUAAAUAUAAAUAUAUAUACUAUAUAUAUAUAUAUAUAUAUAUAUAUAUAUAUAUAUAUAUAUAUAUCUUAUGCAAUAUUCUAUAUUACCUUCAAUGUCUUAGAAGAUUUAAUUAUGGUAUUUUUUAAAAUCACACUGGUUCAAAGUCGAGCAAUAAAAUUUUAAACUUUAACAUUUUAAACUUCAGAACUGGAAUCAAAGUAUGACAGUCAGAAAAAAUGUUAUGAAUUAAAAAAUAUAUAUAUACAUAUAUGUGUAAAAAACAAAAUAGAGUUUAAUAUAGAGAUUAGUGCAGUUAAUCCGAUUUCAUUGUUAUUUUCGCACUAUGUAAAAGUGUGAAACCUCGUACGUAGUCUUGUUAGCGAAUCUAAACAAAAUAUGAAUUUCCUUCUAAAAUGUAUUUGCAUCCAGUGAAUCUAUCCUGGAAAGUCUACCAGAACCUGAUAAUGUGAUCGACAGUAGCUUUGCAUUGAUUAUAAGGAGUAUUCCAUCGUUGAAGAGCGAGUUUGAUAUAAAUAUUGUGGUAUUGUCGUGUCAACUGCAACCGACAUGUACUCGAAUUACAAUAUUGAAGAAAAUGUCGAAUGCGUCGUCGGCAGUAAUGAGUUAGACGAGAAAAUGUCAUGCUGUUGGGAAAGUAGCUAAAACUCACGAAGUAUAUCCAGCUUGUUUUAAAUAAGAUUCUUUAAUGACAAAAAAGCAUUGUACUACACGGAAUGCUGUAAAAUUCCUCUCUAUUUCUCUCUACCUCCCAUAAUGUUUGUUACUUUUUUCUCUUAUAGCCAUUAAAAAAUAUAUAUAUGCCAUAUAUACAUAUAUAUACAUAAUAAGAAAUAAAAGAUACUUCAUAAUAUUUACGAGAUAUAAACAAGAAAAAAAAUGUGCUCAGACAUAGGAUGUGAUAUAGCGUAGAAUGCUUCAAGGAUUUUGCAUGAAAAUCCGAAGUCACGAAAUUUCUCUUCCUUUCUCUUUCUCCUUAUCCCUUCUAUCUUUCCUUUUCUCUCCCUUUCCUCUCUCCUUUUCUCUUUCUGAAUAGUCUAAAUUAACGAUAUAAUCGCACCUAUUGAUAACAAAUAAUAUCACAUACAAUGUAUAAUGAAUGUACAUCACAUUUGGCAAGCGCAUUAAGGAGCGAUGUUGUAUUUUGUAUUAUUUAUAGUAAUUUCUUCCGAAGAGAGCUCCCUGAUCAUGCUUGCGGUUCAACUGUAUAUAAGAUGACUUUUUUGUAAUUAGGUACUCUUGCCUAUUUGCAGAGCAACGACGUGUUUCGAGAUUUGUAUAGUACACGUUCUUGCAUAAAAUAUUUGUGACAUUUGGAAGGAUCGUAUCAAAUAGUAUGGCACAAGUUUAUAAAUUUAUUAUAUAAAUUUUCUAAUACUUUGUAAAACUUGUUGUGCUGGAUUGUACUAUACAUGAAGCGAUUUACGUACUCAUUUCGAAUACGUUCACGCAGUGACCUGGAAAAACUCAAAGACGGUAAUCGAAGUGCAAUUAAAAAUAAAAGAAAAUAUUAUUUUUUGUUACAGUAGGACGUUGAAUGUCUUCUUAAAUGAAUGACGAAUUUAGAAAAACACGGCGACGGAAGACUCGUAUUUUCUGUGUCAUUGCGUUGUCCGUAUUCUAAACAAUUGUCAUUGUAACAUCAUGAGUUUAAUAAUGAACAAGAAAAAAAAGUCUAUAAAUUCCGUCUAUAAAAUUACGGAUGUUAACAUAUCUAACUUGUAUUUUCCAUUGAAAUUGCCAAUAUCAAGAAGGCCUAAUAUUUUUUUCACACACAUAUACACACAGCUAUUUAUUUCUAACUUAUUUUAUUUCAUAAUUCUGUAACCAUGCGCAUUAUUUUGCUUCGUGUUUUAGUUACUUACAUAUAUAAACUUUUAACUUAUUCUCGAAUUUAUUAAAAUUCAUCGCUCUUUCUCUGAAGCACGUCGGAUUAUAAUUAUAUGUAUAAUUUUGCGUAUCAUUACUGAGACAAGGAUAUUAUAUUCCUUGUGGUUUAAAUGUAAUGGUGAAGUUCCGGAAUAUAAAUCGAUGUCGCGUUUUACAUUUGGCGCAGAGUGCAUAAGUAACAUCGACACGAAAGAGAUUUUACGUGCAGCCACAAAAUACACUAUUGUAAUGUUAUUGUACAGUAUAACUUGUAUACAGAGCGUAUAUAUACAUACAUUGAUCCUUUGAAGCAAUGUCAGAAUUAAAUGCGUUGAUAUAACAAAAGUAACGCGGUUACAAAUAUUAAAUUAAUUAUUAAAAUCAUCGCGCUAUAUUAUAUUGUAAGAAGUAUAUUCGUAGGUUGGUUUAGCAACGUAUUUCACACUCGAUAGUCUCGUGAGAGUUUUUUCGUUUUAAAAUGGUCAUUUUUGCACUAGCGAAUUGUUAAGGCAUAACAAGAAGAUAAGAUUAGAUAAAAACCUUUUUACAAGGUAUAGAUUGGGCAUAUCAUAUGCUGUGUGCACUCACCACAUUGAAUAUUAUUAAUUGAACACUAAAAUGAAAAGUUAAAUGAAGCAUUUAGAGCUCUCUCGGUUCAAUUUAGUGUGAAUAUUCCACCUCUUCCGAUAGUGCACUAUUUAUAUUUAUUUUCAAAAGAAAGAAAAUGGGCAGAAAAAUUAGAUCAGACUAUUGAAAUUUAAUGAAAUCUGUGUAAUGUAUUAGUGUAGGAUAAAUAUGUGUAAGCAUUAUAUGUUCUGUGGAAUAGAUCAUUUGAACGAUAAGAGAAUCGCUUGUUCCACAAUUCCGCAAUUGCACUUAUAGUAUAAUUCUUGUAAUAUAAUGAAAAAUAAUCUAUUAUGUAUUCAAGUGCAUCUGGCGACGAUUUGGUGGAAUAUCAACCUCAAGCCUUACAACGAAGGAUCUUAUAAUAAUCGUGCUUAGUGAAUUAUAAAUAUUUUAUGAUUAAUUAAACAGCAUAUUUUGUCUUUAAAAACAUUUGUUUUCUCUCUACAUUAUGUUAUGAUUUAAUUGUAAAGGUAUUAUGAGGCCCGAUGUUAAUUGUAGAUAAAUUGCGCCGAGCUGAUAAAUACCAACUUCUGAAUUGUCUAUAAAAGAAAAGGAGUGUUACAACAGUGUAUAUAUACAGGGUGUUCAUUAAUGUUUGUACCCACUUUUUACCAUAGGAGCAUGAUUUACCGACGGAUAUGUAUUUCUAACAUAUUAUUAUAUUAGAAAUAACAAAUGCGUGCUCUUAUAGUAAAACGUGGAGACAAACAUUAAUGAACACCCUGUAUAUCUGUGUGUGUGUGUCUGUGUGUAUAAAUUUUAUAUAUAUAUAUAUAUAUAUAUAUAUAUACAUAUACAUAUACAUAUACAUACACAUACAUACAUACAUAUAUAUAUAAAGAUUGCAAAAUAUGCACUUUAUUCGACACAUUACACGCAUAUACAUGCUUCCAUCUAAAGCCUUAUAUGUCACUCUAGUUAUUAUGCUUAUCUCAUGUAAAGCUAACAUCGAUUAAGUAUGUAAUUCUAUUGUAUACCGCGGGCUGAGAAUCUUCGGAUUGUCGCGCUUAUAUAGCAUUAUGAAAAAUAUUUGGGAGGAAUCAGAGAGAGUAAUAUUUCAGUCGAAAAGCGAAUCGUGGGUUUGCUGUCGGCGUAGUUUUGAUAUUUUGAAGGGUUUGGCACACAGGAGAGUGAUGAAAAUUUUGAAAUCUGCUGAGAAAAAGAGAAAGAGACAAUAAGAUGAUUUAAUAAAUUCACUAUAAAUACAAAUACUUUAAAUGUUUUCACUGGUAUAUAGACGUAGUAAUUCGAAAUUGCACGCCAAAGACACGCAUAUCUUCCCUCUAUUUCUUCCGAUUGUGCCAAACCCUUUGAUUGUACGCGGGCAAAGUAACCCCCAAUUAUAAAAUAGAAAGUCUUUGGUAAGCAAAACUUCGCAGCCGCGAUGAGGAGCGACGGAAACCCAUACAGCAAAAUCACUAUGUACUUCUAACUCCAGAUAUUGGAUGGCAGAUAUAGUUCUUGUCGAUCAAGAUAAACCAUUAUUGCCCUUGUUAAUUUUUAUAUCGUAUAUUAAUUUUUAUAGUGAUUUUUAUUCCAAACUGCUAAAUCCAACUAAGAAACCAUAAUUAUAUUCUGGGGUAAAUUUCUCGAAAUAUCGUUAAAUUACAAUAUUGGAGGGUUACUUGGCUAAGACGGCUCCCGCAUGAUCUGUAUUAUUUAUGUAAUAUGUUGCGCUAAUAAUAUUGAUACAGAUAUACUGAUAUCGUUAUAAACGUUAUAUAAACGAUCGAUAUUAUUGCGCACUGUACUCUACAAUAAUAUUGAUCGUACGUAAGAGCCGCUUAAGUUCUGCGCUACAUCCCGAAAGAUGCGUUGUAACUUGUAAUAUCGCGCCCUGCGCGCACGAGAGGAACACACAUACACUGUUUUACUGCAAUAUAAAUGUGUAUAUAGGGAGUAACAUGUUAUAGAAUAUAUGUAUACGUAUAUAUAUAUACAUAUGCGUACACGUACAUAAAUAUGUAUAUAUACAUGCGCGUAUGUCCUUGAAAAAUAAGAUUAUGUAAAAAGGACAUUGCUCUUAUGAACAGUCGAAGACGCAUUUCCGUCGGGUUUAUCGGCAAAUAAAGGAUCUGUCUCUCGUGGGAAA